UAUGUCUGAAAAACAAAAUCAACAAAAUCCUAAAAAGGGAGAGCCUUGGAAGCCAAAAGAAAAAUUUGAUAAGAAAGCUAAUAAAAAGAAGUAGGAAUAGGAAUAAGAAUAAGUAGAGGGAAAAUAGGAAACUAAUAAGCCACAAUAAUAAUAAAAUCAAUAGCCAAUCAUCCCAUAAUAAACAAUUGAUUAAUAAUCGAGUUAACCAUAAUUGCCCAUAAAUGAUAAAUAAAUUGCUUUAGCAGAUGCUUCAAAAGAGCCUAAUAAACGAAAAGAUUUUCUUUCACAUCUUCCAAUAUUUUAGGAUUAUACUUCUGUAAGUAUAAAAACAGUAAAAUAAAUUGAUGUAAAGAUUUUAUUGAAUUAUAGCCUUUUACUUUGCAUCAUGCUUUUAUUGAGCUUUGUAUUUAAUAUCAAAAUGGUUAAUGUAUAGGGUCUACUCAUAGAUGUGUAGAAUUUCUUAAUGCUUUGAAAUAAUUUAUAAGGGAUUAUAAGCUAUCAAGACAAUCAAAUUAUUUUGCUAUGGCAUUUUUAGAUGAAUUAAAGGAAAUUUUUAAUUUGAUGAAAAACUUUAGAACAGUAAAUGAAGGAAUGAGCACAUCAUAUUUAUUUAUUAGAGAAUGUUUGAUGAUAUUAAGAGAUACAAGACUUGAUGAAAAUGAAUCAAAAAUUUGGUUAUGUAAUUAGAUUGAUUAAUUUAUUCAAUCAAAAAUAAUUGCAGCAUCAGAAUUGAUUGUUAAAAAUGUAUUUAUAUAAAAUUAAUAUUUUAUAAGGCUACUUAAUUAAUAUAAGAAGGAACAACAAUUUUGGUAUAUGCUAGAUCGUAUUUGAUUGAGAAUUUCAUAAUAAACUAUAUUAAGUAAGGAAAGCAAUUGACCAUUUUUGUAGUAGAUAAUCCUUAAUUUGGAGAAGGAUCAUAAUUNUGUAUUUGAA